AUGGCAGACCGACGCAGAACCUCCCAACGCCCGUCGCGAUCGUGCUCAGCCUGCAAACGCCGCAAGGUCAAGUGCGACCAGCGUCAGCCGUGUGGGCCCUGCAUCAACCAUGGCGUAGCCGACCGCUGCAAGCUCGAGACGGUCGAGCUCAGCACACAAUGGACCAAGAGCAGAGGCGAGCUCGACUUUCUGCUGCGCCUGCAGUCUGCUCUCCUGGGCUCGUCUGCCGAGCGUGCUAGGAGCGACAGCUUGAGCCUUGUCGAGGAGCGGCUGAGCUUGCUCAGAACAGGACAUCCUUCUCGCCCAGCAGCUUCCACGUCAGCCAUCAAUGUCCCAACUGAAGCUGCGGGGGUGGGUUCCUUUGCCUAUGGAGAACGGUCCAGUACACCUGACGACCAGCACGACGACACUCUCGACACCGCCAUUGUCUUGAUGAGGAUGGGCCGAGGCUACUCGAGCGCAGACAUGGCAACUGCCCUUACGCGCAAUGUGCCAGAAGCGACGGUGGCGGGCUGGCCCGAUAUGCUACCCUCACCCAUUCAGGCCCAGCAGCUUGUCCUAUUCUACCUGGACCAUCUGAGCUGGCACCACCACGUCCUGUACUCGGUCGAGUUCGCCGCGCAAUCUGGAGCCUUCUCUUCGACGCAGGGGACGGUGUCAACGCAGUGGCUGAGCCUUUUCUUUGCCGUGCUUGGGGUAAGUGGUGGUCAGCUAUCCGAGGAGUACACGACUGACAACAAGAACACCAAGGCGUCUGCAUGGAAUCUCCCGGUCGAGAUAAGUCAGCAAUUAUUCAACAAAGAGCACCUUCGAGACGAGGCGGCGUCCUGGUAUGGUCAGGCAAUGGCGCUGCUUGUACGUGCCGACUACAUGGCGAAUCACUCAAUUGUUGCAGUCCAAUCGGUCAUAAUAUCAGCAAUGGUUGCCCAUCCCCUCGGGCACGGAGCUCGCCACACUAUCCACCUCGCGGCUUGUCUCCGCAUCGCACAAUGUUUAGGUCUCGCGGAGAAUAAACCAUCAUCGACUCGGGAAGAGGCUGAAGUCUGCGGACGGGUCUGGUGGCAGCUGCUCGUGCAAGACUACUUUCUGGUCCCGAUGGCUGGCUCGUACAUGGCCCUUUUGAUGCCACAACUUGUUGACGGCCUGCGACCCACGACCGCAGUUACGCAAACAGCGGCGGCACAGCUCCGGCACAUUCAGCACAUUGACGCACUGAUGCGCGAUCUUGUGACCGAUCUGCCUCAGUUCCUCCGGCCGUUGCGGGCACACGAGGAGGAGGAUCCCAGCUGGCCCUCGUGGCUGCGUGCGGCUCGCUCAGCUCUGACUGUCAGUGCCGCGGACAAGGUCAUCAUGAUCCAUCGAUCUCACCUUGUCAAGUCAUUCCAGGAGGAUCCGUCCUCUUCAGCACCCACCUACAGCCUCACACGCCAGACUUGCGUCCGCGCCGCCACGACGAUUCUGCGCGAAUUCCUCCGCGUGCGAAACACGAAUUUUGUGAAGCUGUGGGUGAUCCCGACCUUCACUGUCAGCGCCGCCGUAGUCAUCUAUCUUGAGCUGCUGUGCCGCAAGAAACGGGGUGAGCUCAACACCAUGCAAGGACAGACCGAAUCAGAACAGUACCACCACCUCAGGCUUUUGCAGGAUGCAAUCUCUGGCCUUCGAGAGCUGGAUUAUGAUGAGAACGCGAGAAGAGGCGUGGGGAUGCUUGAACAUCUCGUCGACCUACUUGUGCUUCCCUCUUUUGAGGAACAUAACGAUGGCAAAGCGAAGGAUGAGGACACGGAUCAGCUGGCUGGCGGCACGAGAGGCGCCUCUGAUGAGGAUCUUGUGGCAUUCCUUCUCGAUGGCGUGGCGUGGGUCAGCUGAGGCAGAGAACUUCCACUCUGUAUUGCGAGACUCGCUGUCCCCU